GGUCGGGACGAUGGCGUUUACAUGUCCAGAUUUGAAAUCUCCAUCUCGUCAAUAUCAAUGCUGAGUGUAUAUCUGUAAAUUGUUCACUCCUUGUUGACAUAUAAGGCAGCAUAUUUAUGCGCUCGAUCUGGGCUGGUCCCUGAGCUACAGAAUUCGACAUCAUAGCAUUUAGCGCUCAAUUAUUCGCAUUUGAGCUUUGGCAUUUCGGUUGGAUCUACUACAAAUGCAAAUGACUCCGGGCUGUCUAUCCAUACUCAGAUCCGCUUUAACCGUUCAGAAUUCGGAACCAACAAGUCAUUGUUUCCGCUCGUCUCGAUUUGUUUAUUACUAGCAAUGGAAAGCUCUUUCACCAGUGUGAUACCACAAUCGGAACCGAAUGACAUUGGAGGAACACCGGUGGUUAUCCAGCAGUAUGCGAGAUACUCAUCUACGUUGGAGCCAGGGUUACAGAGUGGCUCUUCGUUAGGGAGCGCCCGCAGUCGGUUAGGAGCGUCAAAGUCUCCACCCCUACAUCGCAAAGCGACUCCUCGCAGUCUGCAGUCUUCCCCUACUGGUUUACGGCCAGUUGCGCCUGCGGCGUCGGCUACGCGCUCAGGACCGUCGAUGUCUCCUCCAGUUUAUGAUACCGUUCGCCAGCGACAGGCUAGGGACCCCAUGGAUCAGGCAGUCUCGCGGAGCUUGCCCUCUCGCGAUAUUAGAGAUGAAACUAUCGACGAUGCUUACGUGAUGUUCAUUCUUUAUUGUAACCCAAACGUUCCAAUGUCCACAGGCACCACCGAGCUUCGAAAGACUUUCCGAUCUCCGCCUAGAAGCGAUGGCAAAAGCUUCAGCAUUUUCACCCUCUGGGAGCUUAUUCGGAAGCUGGACAAUAAGGAGCUGAAAACAUGGAUUCAGUUGGCAAUCGAGCUAGGCGUAGAACCCCCUUCGGCGGAGAAGAAGCAAAGUACGCAAAAGGUUCAGCAAUAUGCGGUGCGACUCAAGCGUUGGAUGCGCGCAAUGCAUGUAGAUGCCUUUUUCGAAUACUGCCUUGGCCAUCCUCAUCCGUACUACACCCAGCUUCCGGCCUCUAACGCCGCGGUCAGUGAUACUCGCGACGGCGUACCGCUAGAAGAAGACCUUGCCUUGCGUGCGCUUGUCCCUGAGUGGAAACCGAAACGUGGGCGCAAACGGGCCGACGAAAGGGAGCAAGCUAACGAGAAGCCGGCGAAACGACCUCAGCUGGAUACUUCCGUGGGGGUAUUGCAGGCGGGUUCAUUUGCAGAUCAGUCUGCAACAUUUCCGCAGAGCGCCAUCCCAUUCAGUGCUUUCCCGGACAACGAUCCAUGGAUGACUUCUGCAUCAUCAUUCCCAGCCGAUGGCUCUACUGACAACCAGCAAGGCCAAGAGCUUCGGUGGAGACCUCUAGAGCGAGACGCAUCGCCUGCUGGAUAUCCACAGUCAGCGAUAAUUCCACGAGGGCAUCAUCCGUCAGAGGUUCUUCUGCCAACGGCAGAGCCACGCUCGGCGAUCGAUCCGUCCUCUGGUGAAAAGUCGCGAUCUCGGAGGCGGCAUGGUCCAGCGGUUUCUUCUGCCUGGCCUAACAGCAAUGCAUCGAUCACUGGGAAGACUCGGGGUAGGCCUCCGCAGAGAGGCGUUGUCUCUGGUCCAUUCUCCACGUUUCCCGUGAAUCCUAGUCGGACUGAUUCCAGGCAAAGUCAGGGUCCGGGGUCAAGAUCUUCACCUGCUAUUGUGGUAGAGCAGAAUUCCACAACUCGCGCAGACUCCCAGUAUCAACAGUCGCCCACUCCUUUCCCUCAUGCGACUGCCAGACCAAACAAGCUUCAGUUACAAGUUCCACAACACUUAGGCGGACCUGUCCGCCUUGCCACACCACCGACGCUAAUGGUCAAUGGAAUGAGUACUCCGUCUGCCUCCCUUAAGGUGGAACCUAGUCAUCGGAACGGCUCUACCGCUCAUCCAAGUGACUUUUUUGGUGGAAGUACUGUACAAAAUGUCAUGCCGCAUACGAAUACCAAUUCUCUGUCUGAUAACAACGCGACCUUGGACAUUAGUCUUGACGAUGUUGCCCGUGUCCUCUCGGACGAGCUACUCCGCGCAAAGCUCACAGGCAGAGCAGUACCUCUGAGCGCUGAAGAGGCUCGUGCCUUAGCAUUCUCCAUCCUGAGGCGUUUGAGUGCUAAUUACAUACGACUUCCCUUGGGACUGUCGGCUCUUGCAUCAGCUCUUUACCUCGGGCUUGGAGCGCAUUUUGGCUUUACCAACCCCGUCCCGAGCUCCAUGACGGUGAAUGUUGAAAGAGUGCCCAUGGCUGCUGGGGAAGGUCCAACGAUGGCGGCCGAUAGGACGUCGUCCAAUUUCAUCUAUACGAUUUCCCAUGAAUACAGACACGGUUCUCAGUUCUCCACAAAGGUCGUCUACAGCGAUAGCGGCAUCUCGAAUAUAGAUGUUGGUAAAUCUGAGGGAUCGUCACGAAUGACGGAGGAUAUGGACAACAGCGUUAUUGAACUUGACAGUAUGACCGAUGCGGAAUACGAAAUCGAUGGUGCAGAAAGCACCGCGUCCGAAAUGACAUGGAAACAGCGUUAUAUGAAGUUGCGAGCACAGAUGCAGAAACGGGAGCGGUCGCUGUCCCAAUACAAACGCAAGAUUCUCGAGUCUGUGAUGGCAGACAUAUAAAUACGUCAACCGGCUUGCCCUAUUCUGAGUGGGCUUGCACCAGCGCGAUGUUAAUUCGUCUGCGUAUAUGAUCUGAAUACUUAAUGAUACCCUUGGUUUUACUUUUCGAUGCCACCUGGCGUUUGUUUCCAAGUCGAUUCUUUGACAUGUCAUGGUGUCGUCUGCAGUAGUCGCGAUCUUGUGACGCUGGGUUUUGAAGUUCGAUUUGUGUUAUAGAUACCCCUUGUGCAAAUGAUACGCGUAAAGAUAUGACAAG